AUGAGCUCCCUGAGAGACGUGAACCCGAGGGUCCGGGGGAUCAGAACCCCGGUGGACCUGCAGGGUCUGGCUGCACGAAUCACAGAGCAGCUCUCACAGGGUGAGAAGAAACCAUUCAAGAAGGUGAUGGACGUCAGCUCAGGUGACCCUCACAGAGCAGGAAUGUCACCACUCUCAUUUGUCCGUCAGGUGUUAGCUGUUUGCUUGUACCCUGAGCUCCUCAAAGACACCAGCCUUCCACAGGACGUCAGACGGAGAGCUCAGAAGUUACUUGACAUCUGUAAUGGAGGCAGCAUCGGAUCCUACUCUGCCUCUUUCUGCGGGAUCCCACAGGUCCAGAGAUCUGUUGCUGAGUUCAUCUCCAGGAGAGAUGGUGGCAUCAGCUCAAAACCAGAAAACAUCAUUUUCUCUAGUGGCUCACAGAAAGUUCUGUCGCUGGUUUUACACCUGCUGUCCAGGGGGGAGGGGCACACUCAGACAGGUGUGUUGACCCCCCUGCCCUGCCCCCACACAUUGCCCAUCCUGCUGGAUGAGGUCGGAGUGAAACCAGUGCCAUACAGACUGCUGGAGGAUCAAGGCUGGGCCUUAGACCUGGACCAGCUGCAUGAAGCCCUGAAGGCUGCCAGCGGGGUCUGUGAGCCCAGAGCUGUUUUCAUCAGCAACCCGGGAAACCCCACAGGUACACAACACACAAUACAGUCUUUGUUUAAUCUGAGACCCUUUCUUUUCGGUCUUUUGUUUUAACCUGUCCCGUCGUCCUCGUCAGGUCACGUUCAGGACCGGACAACAAUUCAGGAAGUGGUUCGGUUCGCCUCAUCCGAAGGCCUCGUCCUGCUGGUUGAUGAGGUGUUCCAGGACAGCGUGUUUGGACGGGACAAAACCUUUCUGUCCUAUAAAAAGGUCCUGUUUGAGAUGGGUGAACCGUACUCUGACACGGUGGAGUUGGUGUCGGUCCACUCCAUAUCCACAGCCAGAAUGGGGGAGUGUGGACUGAGAGGAGGCUACAUGGAGGUAGUCAACAUGGAUCCAGAUGUUCAGCAGUUUUUAGGAAACAUGCAGGCUCCAUCCAGCCCUCCAGUUUUACCACAGCUGGCGCUGGAGAUCAUGGUCAACCCUCCUACACCUGGAGACCCUUCAAACGAGGCGUACACACAGGAAGUUCUUCGGACCGAUGAAACUCUUACCCAGAAUGCUCAGCGAGCGUGUGAGUUUCUGAACAGCUUACCAGGAAUGAGCUGCCAGCCGGCGAUGGCGGGGAUCUUUCUGUAUCCUCGCCUCCGUUUACCAGCCUGGAUGUUACAGGAGGCUGAGGCGCAGGGGGUGGAGCCAGAUGUGUUGUUCUGCCAGAUGUUUCUUGAAGAAAAAGGUGUUUGUAUUGGGCCGGGCUGUGAGAACGGACAGGACCGUGAAAACCUUCACGUCAGAUUUUGCAUUCUGACCCCGCCUGAUGAUCUGGAGGAGGUCCUGACUCGUCUUCAUUCUUUUCAUCUUCACCUCCUAAACAAGUUUCCACACUGA